GGCAAACAACGACGAGCCGAGUCCGCUUGCCUGGCGCCGCCGAUGCGGGUGGGGGUGUGUGUGCCGGUCCCUUGUUGAUUGCGAGUGCUGCGUACAUAUAGCUAGGUAACAAAGAUGAUGAUGUACAACGAGGACGAGAAUGGAUACAUGGAACAAGAAGACGAAUGGGAGAGGGAGGGACUGCUGGAUCCUGCUUGGGAAAAGCAGCAAAAAAAGACCUUCACGGCCUGGUGCAACUCUCACCUGCGGAAGGCCGGCACCUCCAUCGAAAACAUCGAGGAGGACUUCCGUAAUGGCCUGAAGCUGAUGCUGCUGCUGGAGGUCAUCUCCGGCGAGACCCUCUCCAAGCCCGACCGCGGCAAGAUGCGCUUCCACAAGAUCGCCAACGUCAACAAGGCACUGGACUUCAUCGCCAGCAAGGGCGUCAAGCUGGUCUCCAUUGGCGCCGAGGAGAUCGUCGACGGCAACCUGAAGAUGACGCUGGGCAUGAUCUGGACCAUCAUCCUGCGGUUCGCCAUCCAAGACAUCUCUGUGGAGGAGAUGACCGCCAAGGAGGGCCUGCUGCUCUGGUGUCAGCGCAAGACGGCGCCCUACAAGAACGUGAACGUGCAGAACUUCCACACCAGCUUCAAGGACGGUCUGGCGUUCUGCGCGCUCAUCCACCGGCACCGGCCCGACCUCAUCGACUACAACAAACUCUCCAAGGACAACCCGAUGGAGAACCUGAUGACCGCCUUCGACGUGGCCGAGAAGCACCUCGACAUCCCUAAGAUGCUGGACCCGGAAGACCUUAUCAACACGCCCAAACCCGACGAACGGGCCAUCAUGACCUACGUCUCCUGCUACUAUCACGCCUUCCAGGGCGCUCAGCAGGCGGAGACGGCUUCGAACCGCAUCUGCAAGGUGCUCAAGGUGAACCAGGACAACGAACGACUUAUGGAGGAGUAUGAACGACUGGCGACCGACUUGCUGGAGUGGAUCCGCCGCACGCUGCCAUGGCUCGAGUCGCGUCAGACCGACAACUCGCUGGCUGGCGUGCAGAAGAAGCUCGACGAGUACCGCAACUACCGGCGCAAGCACAAGCCGCCCCGUGUCGAACAGAAGGCCAAGUUGGAGACCAACUUCAACACGCUGCAGACCAAGCUGCGUCUCUCCAAUCGGCCCGCCUACCUGCCCACCGAGGGCAAAACUGUCGGCGACGUGGCUAACGCCUGGAAGCGCCUAGAGGGCUCCGAGAAGACGUUCGAGGAGUGGCUGCUCACCGAGGUGAUGAGGCUGGAGAGAAUAGACCAUCUGGCCAAGAAGUUCAACCACAAGUCUGACAUCCACGAGGAAUGGACUCGCGGCAAGGAGGAGAUGCUCCAGAGCCAGGACUUCCGCAACUGCAAGCUCAACGACCUCAAGGCUCUGAAGAAGAAGCACGAGGCGUUCGAGUCGGACCUGGCCGCCCACCAGGAGCGUGUCGAGCAGAUCGCCGCCAUCGCGCAGGAGCUCAACACGCUCGACUACCACGACGCGGCCACCAUUAACGCGCGCUGCCAGCGCAUCUGCGACCAGUGGGACCGACUGGGAGCGUUCACCACCCAGCGGCGCACCCAGCUGGACGAGACCGAGCGGCUGCUCGAGAAACUCGACCAGCUCCACCUCGAGUUCGCCAAGCGCGCAGCGCCGUUCAACAACUGGCUGGAUGGCGCCCGCGAGGACCUGGUGGAUAUGUUCAUCGUGCACACUAUGGAGGAGAUCCAGGGCCUGAUCGAGGCGCACGAGCAGUUCAAGGCGACCCUCGGCGAGGCCGAUAAGGAGUACAACUCUGUGGUCAACCUGGUCAAGGAGGUGGAGAUGCUGGCGCGCCAGUACCAGAUUCCCGGAGGACUAGAGAACCCCUACACCAGCCUGACGGCCAACGUACUGACCCAGAAGUGGUCGGAUGUGCGCCAGUCGCUGGUCCCUCAGCGCGACCAGACGCUCCAGAACGAGAUGCGUCGCCAGCAGAACAACGAGGCGCUGCGGCGCCAGUUCGCCGAGAAGGCCAACCAGGUCGGGCCGUGGAUCGAGCAACAGAUGGCCGCUGUGGCCGCCAUCGGCAUGGGCGGCACCGGCGCGCUCGAGGACCAGCUCAUCAAGCUGAAAAACUACGAGCAGGCCGUGUACGCGUACAAGCCGCAGAUCGACGAGCUGGAGCGUAUCCACCAGUCGAUCCAGGAGGGGAUGAUCUUCGAGAACCGCUACACGCACUACACGAUGGAGGCGCUGCGCAUUGGCUGGGAGCACCUGCUGACAUCCAUCAACAGAAACAUCAACGAGGUUGAGAACCAGAUCCUGACGCGCGACAGCAAGGGCAUCAGCCAGGAGCAGCUCAAUGAGUACCGCGCCUCGUUCAACCACUUCGACAAGACGCGCACGGGCCGCCUCAACUGGGACGAAUUCAAGAGCUGCCUCAUCUCUGUGGGCUACAGUCUGGGCAAGGACCGCCAGGGCGACCUGGACUUCCAGCGCAUCCUGGCUGUGGUGGACCCCAACAACACGCAUCAGGUGCCGUUCGACGCCUUCCUCGACUUCAUGACGAGAGAGUCGACAGACAUGGACACCGCCGAACAGGUGAUAGACUCGUUCCGCAUCCUGGCCGCCGACAAGCCGUACAUCCUGCCGGAGGAGCUGCGCCGUGAGCUGCCGCCCGACCAGGCCGAGUACUGCAUCCAGAGGAUGGCGCCCUACGCGGGACCCAACGCGGCGCCCGGCGCCCUCGACUACCUGUCCUUCUCGACGGCGCUCUACGGCGAGUCGGACCUGUAGGCGGCCGCGGCGCCCGCGGAGACGACCCACCCACACACAGAGGCCAAGGAGCCCAGUGCCAGUGAGCGCGCGCGCCGCGCGGGGGGCGCGCGUCCGUCGGCUGGCCGCAGCGCGAUGGGGUAAGACCGGCCACCGCCGCCGCCAACACCGGCGGCCGGCGAGCGGGCCCGCUCGACGCCGAAAACACCCGGCGAGCAGCUGUGUCUUGCCUUAGUUCAUCGUAUCAAUACGUCUAGUCUUUGUUGAUUGGUCAAUGUGUACAUUGGAUGUUUUGUAAAUAACUCGAGAUAAUCCGGGCCCGGUGUGUCGGCGGCACGCCGCGGUGGGCCGCCCGGCGGCCGCGCCGCGCCGCGAGGGGCUGCCGGCGGCGCAGUGCCGUCCGCUCAGCCGGCAGGGGCCGCCCGGAGGGGCCCAGUCGCGCGCGCGCGCGCGCCCGGCCGGCCGGCGCCCGCCGCCGCCGCCGACGCCCGCGCCCUCCACCCGAGUUGUGUUGCCUCCUCCAGUCUUCUACACCUGCCGGCGGCCCAGGGAGCCGGGUGCCCCGGCCCCGGCGGCGCCCCCGGCCCGGCGCCCCGGACACCGGGCGGCGCCGCCGGCCGGCCCGGCUGCGCCCCAGAUUCGGCCUCGGCGGCCGCUGCCAGCCCGUGCUAUGCUCGGUGGAUCGGUGCAUGCACGCGCGAGAGAGGGAUAGAAAGACAAAGUGUGUGACUGAGAGACUUGUGAGCCGCGGCUGCCGGUGGCCAAUACAUUUUUAUCGAGUCUGAAA